UGCAACAGAAAUGUAGAUAUACUUCUUUGGGCUUCUUCCUCUUUCGACUCAUUCUCACUUCCUUUCCGCAUGAGCUGAAAGCCAACAAUUUGUUUCUUCUGCAGAAGGAUGUUUUAGGGCUCCAAGGAUGUCCCUGGCGUCGCUCCUCCUCUCCUUUUGCUUUUUGGCCCCCUGUUCCAGAGUCCUGGGUUCGAGUCCUGGGUUUGUGGGCAGGAUCACUAACAAAGGCCUCGAUUAUGCUCGCCAAGAAGGGGUUGCCGUCCUCCAGCAGGAACUGGCCAGGAUAAAGCUUCCCGAUUUCUCCGGCUCCUUCCAUGUCAAAGUGCUUGGAAACGUAGACUACAGUUUCUAUAGUUUGGACAUUCGGAGUUUCCAGUUGCCAAACUCAGCCAUAACCCCAAUCCCCGGCGUGGGCCUGAAGGUCUCCAUCAGUAACGCUUUUGCAGAAUUGACGGGAGACUGGAAGGUGAAGAAGAGGUGGCUCAAGGACCAUGGCUCUUUUGACCUCAAAGUGGAAGGCCUUGCCAUCUCUGUGGGACUGAAGUUGGGCAGCGAUGCCUCCGGGAGACCCACGGCCGGCACCUUGGACUGCAGCGCCCACAUUGCGGAUGUCCAGGUGCACAUCUCCGGAAGGUUCGGUUGGCUGUACAAUCUUUUCCACCAAAACAUUGAAUCGGCAUUCAGGAAUACUAUGGAAGACAAGAUCUGCGAUGAGGUGAGCAGUUCGGUCAGCUCCCAGCUGCAGCCUUUUCUGCAGUCUUUGCCAGUCACAGCACAAAUCGACAAAAUCUCUGGGAUCGAUUACUCCCUGGUUGAGCCUCCGGCUGCUACAAAUAGUUCUGUGGACCUGAAAUUGAAGGGUGAAUUCUUCUCCUUGACCCAUCGCUCUUGUCCUCCUUUCCCUCCGCCGGCCUUGGAUUUCCCAGUGGAUCAUGACCGCAUGCUGUAUUUUGGCCUCUCCACCUUCUUCUUCAACACGGCUGGCAACGUCUACUAUGAGGCAGGAGCAAUGAACUUCACCAUCACCGAUGAUAUGAUUCCCAAGGAGUUCAAAAUCCACCUAAAUACGUCUUCCUUUAAAGCCUUCAUUCCACAGCUGGAAAAACUGUAUCCCGAUAUGCUCAUGAUGCUCAAGGUUUUGCCCUCUGCUGCGCCAUCAUUGACCAUUACGCCUGAAAUUAUGUCCUUGAGUCCAGACGUUGAUGUCCAAGCCUUUGCCAUUCUCCCAAACUCGACCUUGGCUCCUCUCUUCGUCUUGGACGUGUCGACUACUAUAUCGGUCAAAGUUGCCAUCAGCUCCACCAAAAUCACUGGCUCCCUGCAACUUGGCAGAUUGCAGCUGUCCUUGAAGCACUCAGACGUUGGACCCUUCUCGGUACAAUUCAUGCAAACCCUCAUCAACUUCUUUGCUGGAAGCAUUCUUCUCCCCCAGAUUAAUGCCCGGCUGGCCGAGGGGUUCCCGCUUCCUCUCCUGGAUCACCUGCAGCUUUCCAACCCAGUCCUUCAGCCUCACAAGGACUUCCUGCUCUUUGGAGCAGACGUUCAGUACAGCUAAUGGCCAAGAUGCAGAAGACAGAGAGAGAAUAAAGAAUAUUUUUCCACUUUGAUGUUGCCCCUUCUCUUGGUAUUAUUUUUGGCAAAGAUGGAAGAGUUUUCUACCUGCCUUUUCUCUUGGAAUUUGCUCCUGGGCUUGAUUGUUUCUUGCAUGCUUUCUGAAUACAAGCACAAAUCUUGCAGAAGGAAAAAAAACUGGUUAGCCAAAUGCUUUUGCUUCUAAUUGAUGUUUUUCACGUUGGCAUCAGAAUUGGAGAAGAUGGAAAUAGGAUUUGGACAUUAUCACAUGCAGCUUCUAGCAUGAGUUUGGAGCUCCCUGGCUAUGACUGGAAACCCUUACCAUUAUAUAUAUUCAUUAACUGUAUACAAUUUCUGGAUUCCAAAACUUCUCCACCUUGAUUUGCAUGAUCCCGCCCACUGCCACUACCGUAACCCUUUCCUACCCUUUCUUACCCUUUCUUAUGACACACAGUUAACAGAGGAAUUGACCAGCGACUGAACAAGAGCUUUGGGGAGAAUUCACCAUGAUUUACAAGAGUUGUACUUGAGCGACACCCAGACAGCACUGCAAACCCAACCAACGAUGGAUCUGGACCAAACUUGCCACGGAUAAUGGGACUUGCAGUACCUUCGCUGAUACUGUGACCCCCACCAACAAUGGAUUGGGACCAAACUUGGCACAGAGAAGCCCCAUGGACAACUGAACACACUACAGGGGUUUUUGUGAAUGGACCUUGAUUUUGGGAGUUAUAGUUCACCUGAUCCAGAAAGCACCGAACCCAGCUGAUGUCAGAUCUGGACCAAACUUGGUACACAGACCCAACACGACCAACUGUGCAUAUGGGCCUAGUUUGGCGGUGAUUGACCUUGGAUCUGGGAGUUGUAGUUCACCCUUAUCCAGAGAGUCCUGAACCCAGCUGACAACUGAUCUGGACUAAACCUGGCACACAACCCAACAUGGCCAUCUGCAAAUACUGUCAGGGUUUAGGGGUGAGUGCCCUGGGAAUCUGGGAGUUGUAGUUCACCCUUAUCCAGACAGCACUGAACCCAACCAACAACAGAUCUGGACUAAACUUCAGUGAUAUAACCUAACAUCCCAAAACAAACAGUGCUUUCUUCUAAUAACCCGGGCACCGCCGGAUCCCCAAGCUAGUAGUCCAUAAAAAUAAGAGGAGAUGCAAAUAAUACUUCACUAAAAGCUGGGUUGGCUGUGGGUAACUCACACUUGGGCUCGGACUGUGGCGCAGGCUAGAGAGCAGCUGCAAUGAAUCACUGCAAUGAAUCACCCUGACCAGGAGGUCAUGAGUUCGAGGCCCGCUCGGAGCCUAUGUUUGUCUGUCUUUGUUCUAUAUUAAAAGGCAUUGAAUGUUUGCCUAUAUGUGUAAUGUGAUCCGCCCUGAGUCCCCUUCGGGGUGAGAAGGGCGGAAUAUAAAUGCUGGAAAUAAAUAAACACUCUCUCCGCUCUA